AUCGGGAAUGACUGAUUACAUCAAGGUGUUUUCCUUGGGCAUUGUCCAAGCUCCAAACCCCCGAUUGUUAUGAUGAUUAUCACGUGAUUAAGUCUUCUGUGGCGGUAGGACGUCCCAUUGCCUUGUUGGAACAAACAAGUCACAUAAGGGAACAAGGGAGCGCAAUAACUGGGAGCUUUUAAAGUUAUAUUAGUUCAUCGUGGACAGUGAAGAGUAUCAGUCUAUACUUCGGUGAGGCGCCUCGUUUAAUUUUUUGAGAAACAACAUCAGGAAUCGCAACAUUGCACAUUUGAGUGCAUCAUUGGACACUGCUGGGACAUUAAGAUGGCGUCAUCAUCAUUAUCAUCUGACGGGGCCAUGCUGGUCUGUCGGAGUGUAGAGGAGCUGAAGCGCAGAGCCCAGGGCCCGGUGAGGAGGAACCUGUUUGGGCCUGUGGACCACGAGCAGCUGCAAAAGGAUUUCCAGAGGCACCUGGGUAUGAGCGUGGAGUCGGCCAACAAGCGCUGGGACUUUGACUUCAACACCGGCCAGCCGGCCGCCAAGGGCGCCAGCGUGGAGUGGGAGGAGAUGAAAUUCCAGGAUGUGCCGGCGUUCUACCGCAGCUGUGUGUUGAGGAAGCCAGUGAUUGGCAUCGACGGGCAGAGGGCGGGGAGAGAGAAUGUCAGGUUGGCCCGGGCAUCGUCUCCAGGGUUGUCCAGCUGUGGUGAGGAGUACCUGGAGGUGACCACCAGGGAGAGCUAUACGAUCCAGAGGCCAGAGAAGAAGACGGCCAGCCAGAGGGUAGGAGCAGUCAAACGGAGACAAGCCGCCAUAACAGAAUUCUUUGUCGUGAAGAAGAGGACAACCAUGCAUCACAAACGGCCCUAUCGGCAGUAAACACAGCCCAGGAAAGAGUGCAAUUCAGUGGGCAUGCUCCGUUUGGAAAUCACCUCAUUAAGAUGGAUAUAUCAUUUCUGCAGCGUUCUGUAGCGACUCUGACGGUCGAAGAGCUCAUAGCUACAAUAUGUCUUAAAGGAAGUGGAAAAGGAAGUGGAAAUGACGGAUAUGUUUGUAUAUAUAUUUAUAUAGCUGUAUUUCAUCUAUAUUUUCUAAGCUUGUAUUAUUGUCUAAGCUUUAGAUUAUACUGUGAAAUAAUUCAAAUGCACUCAUCAGGAAAAAACCUAAACGGCUCUGUUGUAAGAGAUUUCUUCCAACAGUACCCUUGGUGUAGUAUUUAACCCCCAACCACUCCGACCCACACUCUAACUACCUCUCUAAGAGUAGUUCAACUAUUCCUGACCUCACUCCACGUGUCGUCUUCAGUUUCACCACGGCUGUAAAAGUAUCAGCCACGCGAGUAAGAGGCCCCGGGGUCACCUCAGGUCAAAUUGGCAAUGUGACCAUGAUUAGCCUAGGGUGCAAAGGUCAACUGUGAAGUUCCAGCACUUAGGCUAUCAGGCAUCGGUAUGAUAAUGAUACAUCUUAUUGAGCAGUAGUACUUCUCAGUAAAUGUCUAUUAUUACGGUAAUUGUUUUAUUCUUAAGCCUUUUGGUGUGAGUAUUAUUACAGAGUGAUAUUUGGUGUCAGUAGGAAACAAGCUUAAAUUAGCUUAAGUUCAUUCUCAAAUAUUGUUAUUAUGGCUAGCAUACACUUCACCGUUGGCACCACCGUCUCUGUACAAUUUGGCAAAAAUCUCAGUGCACAACUGAAUAAAAUAAAUCGUUUUGAUUUUAUUUAGCUCCCUUUGUCUUUUUAAGGUAGUAAAACAUAUUCUUGGAAACUUUUUGGUAACAAAACUGAAUAUACCUUGUAUGUUUGCUUUGUUGGCUAAAUCCUUUUAACAACAUUGCCUUCUCUACUCUUGUCUUUGUAUAAUGGCAGCCUCUAGGUUUUGAACUCUUUCCUGUAUGAAGGAAUGUAGCUUUGACAUUGUUUGGAAUUGAAGUUAAAUGGUGUUGCAGUUCACAAAAGUACAUGAAUCCUUAAUGCAUACGGAACAUUCCAGGUUCUGUCAGUAAUGUUUUUUUUUUAACGAGGAGCUGAGCUGCAACACAUUUCCAUUCCUUUGCUAGAAUACAAGACAGUUGUGACAACUGAGGCAGUUGACCAAAAAAAAAAAACAUAUUAUAUGUGAGUCAUCUGUAAGCGUUGGCCUGAGUCAAGGGACAUAGAAAUCCACAUACCUUAAGCAUCUCCAAAUCCAUCUCAGAUAUACCUGUGAUUAAUAUACAGUAUCACAGAUUCUGUCCGUUGGCAUUGCAUUCCAAACGUUAUGCCGCUCAUUCUCCAUAGCCAGAGUCACAUCGCAAUACUGUAAAUAAUAGUGGCAAAAAUAGCAGUCCUACAGGGAGGGCCUUUCCCUAAAUGUGUCAUGUUCGAACAAAUAGAUAUCAUCUGGAUUACCUACCUCAUUGAGUGAUUGACAAAAAUAAUAGAAAAAAUGAUAUACAACAUUUAAAAAAAAAGUCAAAUAAUUCCAAAAUAUUUGUUGGAAACUACAGGAGAUGAUUUGUUAUUGCUGUUCAUAGCUGGUUCAGUGGGAUAGCGGGUUCAGACCAUAGGCUUUAGUUACACAUCAGGUAAAAGUGUGUCAGAGUGAUAGGACCCAUUCCAGCUCAAAGCAGGACGGAGGAAACUCAAGUCCUCUGGGAGUCCUGAGCGUUGUUAUUUUUAUUUAUUUAUUUUAUUUAACUUUUAUUUAACCAGGAAGGGCUCAUUUGAGAUUAAAAUCUAUUUUUCCAAGAGCACCCUGGCCAAGAUAGGCAGCACCAAGUCAUUACAAAAAAACAUGACAGACAUGAAAAACUACAAGUAAUCUAGUAGAAACCAUUGAAUUCACAAGAGUAUAAAACAGUACAUUAAAAACAUUGACAGGUCAGGUAAUCAGCCUCAAAAGUUCUUCCAGUUUAAAAGUAUUUUAUACCAAAUUCACCAAUCGGGACAAGUUCUUCCAGUUUAAAAGCCCUUUACCAAUUUCAGUUGGGACAUUUGGAACAGUUAGCAGGAUAAAGUCCAGCGAACGAAGAGAGUACUUUAUUAACAGACCGCAACAGAAUGAUGUCCGAGACCCUGAAUCAAAGUGGUUCUAAUAGCCAGACGAGUGGCCUGUGUUCUAGAGGGCUUUUGUCUGGAUCCAAAGAGGUUCUUAUACCACCGCCCUCUUGACUUGCCAAUGUAGAGAGUCAUGUCAACAGAAUGAUGUGAUUUCUGUUUACACACUUCACCUCACCAAUGGAAUCAAUUAUCAGUUUUUUAUUUAAUCAUAUUUGAUGGUGUUUUUUGUGUGUGUGUUCGGACUUGAGUCUGUGUGUACGUUGGUUUAUAUGCGCCCGUCUUUCAAUGUGUUCAAAAUAAAAACUUUAAAAGUCUGUUAACUUAUUUUUAACGAUGUAUCUUGUUUUUGAAGGGAAAUCAUUCUAAAUGCCCUUUUGGUAAAACUAACAGAUUAUGUGUAUUGCACUAAAACAUUGACAAGAUAUUUCUGAUUUUAUAGAGCUACUCUCAUGGAAGGGGAAGUGUUUAGAAAAACUAAACCGUCACUGCUGAACUGGGACACAGACUAUGGGCUCAUCAUAGUUUGGGUCGGACACAAAAUGAUAAAUAUAUAUUAGGUGCUUUCUUGGUAUUACAACAGUGUUAAAACAAGGCCAUCCUCAUCCCUGUACUGGUUUCCCCAGAAUACCCUUUGCAAGCGAACUGUGAUAAGUUAAUGAUCAAAGAUCUGCAUACAGCUACUGGGCUGCUCUAUCCUGCCCCCCCCCUGCACCCCCCCCCCCUCCCUGCCCAGUGUGUCCCACAGUGGCAAAAUAAACUUUGCUCUAAAUCGAAUUCACCUUUCUAUCGCAGGUAUAUCAAAACAUAGUAUUGCAUGCCUUAUAUGCAUAAAUGAAUAAUAUCCUCAUAUGUUUUUGAUAAGAUAAUGGCUAAUGUAUUGAAAGUGUACUACAAUGUAAUUACAUGGGAGCAGAAUAUUAACUUUGAUUUGGUAAUAGUUUGAAAAUAAAACGACAAAUGUUGAAAUUGUGGACAUAUUUGUGGAAGAUUCAUUGACCGGUUUUUGGUGCACUGUUGACUUUGAUGUUAAUUUGUUACAGUAUGUUUCCGAUCAUUAUUAAAUGUUAUAAAUAUA